GUCUUCAAGCUAACUGCUUGUGUUUGCGGAAAAAUGACAUUUUCCAAUGAAUUUCUCUAAAAACCAUUGUUAUUUGGAGCAGACAGCUGAGCUACGUGUACACUGAGCUGUUACUUUGCAGCUAGAGGUUAACGUUCAGGUGUUCAGGUGGUGGUUGUGAGUUGGCACACCCGUCAUCUUUUUGUUUAGCGUCAUUUUGUUUGUACACUUCCCAGCUGGCCGCAGUUCAGUAUGGACAGUGAGACGGACGGCGGUCCCGACAGGAGGCGCAGGGUGCACGGCAUGUUGAAGCUCUACUAUGGGCUGAACGAAGAAGGAAAAGCCCCGGAGCAGCCGGAGUCCCUGGAUCCCUGCGACAUCAACGGCCCGCAUUUUGAGCCGGAGCACUACCUCAAUAAGCUUAGAAGAGAGUGCUCUCUUGCAGAGUUGAUGGACCAGGAGACCUGCAUGGUCAAGCAGAUCCGUUCUUUGGACAGUGACAUGCAGACGCUGGUGUAUGAAAACUACAACAAGUUCAUAUCUGCUACAGACACCAUACGAAAGAUGAAGAAUGAUUUCAAAAAGAUGGAGGAUGAAAUGGAUUGCCUGUCUGCUAACAUGGCGGCAAUCACUGAGUUCAGUGCUAGUAUCAGUGGUACUCUUCAAGACCAGCACACACAGAUUACAAAACUCUCAGGGGUUCACACGCUGUUAAGGAAGCUGCAGUUCCUGUUUGAGCUGCCUGCAAGAUUGAAUAAGUGUCUUGAGCUGCAGGCCUAUGCUCAGGCAGUGAGCUCCCACCGCCGUGCCCGCUGUGUGCUACAGCAGUACAGUCACCUGCCCUCCUUCAAGGGGAUCCAGGAUGACUGUCACGCCAUCAUGGAUAAGCUGGCGCAGGAGCUUCGACAGAAGUUCAGGGAUGGCGGGUCAAGCGCCAAAGAUUUAUCAGAGUGUGUGGAGUUGCUGCUACAGCUGGAUGAACCGGCAGAAGAGCUCUGUGAUAAGUUCCUGAGCCAUGCACAAUCUCGACUUGAGUUGGACCUGAAGGGCCUGGAAGCAGAGAUAAGACCGUACCCAUCUGCUCCAGCCGUGAAGGACGCUGCCGCACACAAGCCGUCACCUACUGCAGCUGCUGGAUCUCCGACUGAUAGCUCCCCUAAAACAAGCACUCUGCCAUCUCCCACCUUAAACACUGACAUCCUAGAAUUCAUUGACAGAGGCUGCAAUGAAUUUGUCAGCAGCUUAUGUUUAGUAAUCGCGUCUUACCAAGAACUUUUUAUCAACCAUGCUCAGACAGGCGAGCUAGCAUCCAAAAAUAUUCCCCAGAUGGCAAAUGGAAAGCUGCACGUUUUCGUGGAUGAUCUGGCUGCACGGUAUUUCUCGCUAGUGGAGCGGAGGAUACAAGAGGAGAAAGGGGUUGGAGAUAACUCCCUCUUGGUCCGUGCUCUGGACCGCUUCCACCGCAGGCUCCAAGCCGUGGCCAAACUGAUGCCGGGCUCUGCUGUGCCAAACCAAGGGACUGAGAUUGUGGUGCGUGCAGCGACAGAGCGAGUCAAGCAGUAUCUCUCUGCUCUACAGAGCUUCUACAUGGACAGCUUGACAGACGUGAGGCAGGCCCUGGCGACGCCUCGGCUCUCCGUGGCUGGCGCUUCCGUGGCAGGAGGCGGGGCUCAUUUAGGGGGGGCGACGUCCGGCAGAGAUGCUCCAAACAGCCUCCCAGAGCUGCUCUCCUCCCUGUCUGCCUCUAUUCUCAAUCAGAUUAAGUCAGUGUUGGCAUCAGUGCAUCUCUUCACAGCUAAGGACAUUACAUUCUCCAACAAGCCAUACUUCAAGGGUGAAUUCUGCAGCCAGGGUGUACGUGAGAGCCUGGUGGUGAGCUUUAUAAAGUUCAUCUGCCAGUCUUCUCGCCAGUUUUGUGAGAGCGCAGGAGACAAGGGAGGUUCCACUCCUCCGGCCCUGCUGUUGCUGCUGUCUCGCCUCUGCUUGGACUACGAAACUUCUACUAUCUCCUACAUUCUCACUCUCACAGAUGAACAGUUCCUCGUGCAGCACCACAGCCCCGUAACACAGGUCACAGCUUUAUGUGCAGAAGCCAGGGAGGCAGCACAGAAACUACUGAACCAUUACGUCAAGGUUCAGGGCCUGAUUAUCUCCCAGAUGCUGAGAAAAAGUGUUGAAACACGAGACUGGGUCAACACCAUUGAGCCACGAAACGUCCGUGCUGUGAUGAAGAGAGUAGUAGAGGACACCACCUCCAUUGAUGUGCAGGUGGGUCUUUUGUAUGAAGAAGGUGUGAGGAAAGCACACAGCAGCGACUCCAGUAAAAGGACGUUCUCUGUCUACAGCAGCUCGAGGCAGCCGGCCCGCUACGCUGCCAGCUACACGCCAAGUGCUCCCAUGGAUACUAAUCUACUGAGCAACAUACACAAGCUGUUUUCUGAGCGGAUUGACAUCUUCAGCUCAGUGGAGUUCAAUAAGGUCUCCGUUAUGACAGGAAUCAUCAAAAUCAGCUUAAAGACGUUCCUGGAGUGUGUCCGACUGCGCACCUUCGGCCGUUACGGGCUGCAGCAGAUCCAGGUUGACUGCCACUACCUGCAGAUGUACCUGUGGCGGUUCGUCUCAGAUGAGAACCUUGUGCACUUCUUGCUGGAUGAGAUAGUGGGGAGUUCCGCCCACCGCUGCCUGGAUCCUGCCCCGAUGGAACAGAGUGUGAUCGAAGUAAUCUGUGAACGAGGUUAAAGGUUCAAAGUGCAGCACAGCCAGAUAGUCUGCUCAAAACACCUUGUCACAAAGAAGACAGAAUUACAGCAUACUGUAUAACAGUUUAUCAAACACUGGAAUCCUUCUGUUGCUCAAUUGUUAUUAAUCAUUAUAUUUAUUGAUUCAAAUUCUUUAAAUGAUUGUGCUUGAUAAUCUAUCUACAUGGUCUAAAAUUAUACUGUAAAAACAUUGUUCAAGAUCUCAAUAAUCCUGUCAGCGACACCCUAAUCAUUACAGUGUGAGGCAGAGUGAUAACACUUUUACUACUGUAAAAAUAUGACUCCUCUGACACUUAAAACAACAGAAAAGCUUGACUGUUUUGUUCAGUGUGAGUGAAUUAGAGGCAGAUCUGCAUUACAUUCCAGGUACUCUCAAUACAAACUACACAUGAGCCUCUACUACUAGGUUUAAUAUUAUAGCUCAUCCUCUGAAAUCAUUGUCUAUCUGAGCUCCUUGUGGAUUGUCUCACAGACCCUUCAGAAGACAAUAAAAUAUGUCAAAAGCAAGAAGAAACUCAUCUAUCUACAAAGAUACAUGUACUAAACUUUGUUUUAGUACAUUUCCCCUUAAAGGAAAGAUGUUCAAAGUGAAUACUACAUAUAAUUGAAUAUGAAUUAUUGGCGAGUGUCCUGCAAAUCUCAUUUAUUAAUCAAUCAAUUUGCUAAAUAAUCUGCUAUCUGAAUGUCAUGUGAUUAUGUAAUUAUUUCUAACACUACAGGAGACUUACAGCCUUUAAUCUUAAUUGAUUCUCUGUUUUCUGUGCAUAUGUAGCACAGAUGAACAGUAUGUUUAGGAAUGAUUUAAAUGUGUAUGUCUACAAUAAAAGUAUGAA